AGUCAUGUGCUCAUGGGUCAGCUGAUGUGAUUGAAUGGUUGGUGGGUGCGUUUGUGAAAUUGAGGUUAAAUGUGUGUUUUGCAUAUUAUUAAAUAAAUUCUAUGUUAGACAAUUAAUCUUUAUAACUAGAAUAAAGUAUAAUCGUAUUUAAUAAUUCAGUAUAAAUUUAUUCUAACAGUCUAAUACUAUCAAGUGAUCACUCAAAAUAGUUCCUCGAUUGCAGCCAUGCAAUCAAAAGCGAUGGCCGAACAAUCAACUGACUCACAGGAUUUUGAAGUAUUUCGCUCAAUAUUCUACUACUGUUUCUUCAUUCUUAUUGUGCCGUUACUCACAUUCUUCUGUGCGAAAUUCGUCAUAUUUGAACCAAUAUUUGGAUCGACUGUGAACGGAAGUGUAUACUCAGCCAUUGUUGCAAUUAUCACUGUCCACAUAGCAUUGGGCUUGUACAUCUACAAGGCAUACAGUGAACCAGUAAAGCAAGUGAAACGCGAUUAAAAACUAAUAUUGUUGGUUCUAAUUAUCACGGACUCAAUAAUGAUUGUUAUUAUAGAUAAGUACUUACGUUCUAUAAAAAUUGUCUCAAAGACUCGUAUUGGGGAUAUGUGAUAAUAGAUCUAAAAAUAAAAAUAAUGAUCGAUUAAACAUUAAAUUAUGAAGACUGUUUACAACAAACUGUUUAAAUAUUUUCAGUUAUUAGAUUUUUGAGAUGUAGCUAGGCUAGUGAUUUUUUGAAAAUGUUCGGAUAGUUUGUUGUAAGAGAUAGUGUAUUUGAUACACAUCCUAACCUAUUGAUGAUAGUUAGUUGUAUCGAACUGAAUCAGCUAGUUUUUUUUGCACGGUAAGGUUUAAUUGGGUAUUGUAAUUAUUUCGAUAAUUGAAAAAGAUUUUUUUAAAGUUUAUUGAGUGAAUAUUGAUGUUGUGAAACUUUUCCAUUAUUGAAGAGACUUGAGAUAUUGUCAAUAAUCAACUUUAUUUCGAUAAAAAUUAUUAUUUUACAGCUGAUGUUGGGUGCACUGCACACAAGAAAGCAUGCUCAUGUAAAAUAAUAACUUUUAUUGAAAUAAAGUGGAUUAUUGACAAUAUUUCAAGUCUCUUCAAUAUUUCUAUAAAAUAAAAACAAUAUCAAUAUUGGUCACAUCAUAUAUAGCAUUGUUUCCAUUUAAAAUGGCUUAAAUUUUAUUUUUUAUACAUUGAUAACAGAAUAUUCAUCAUAUUGUUCGCUACAGCAACUACCUCUCUCAAUAAAAAACUUUUUAUCGGAAAUUGAAAAGACAGCUUGAAAUGUAAUUCAGUGAUUUACAUAUUGAGGCUUGUAUUCUUCUAUGACACGAGUGAAACAACAUUUAGAGUGAGAACGACAUUCCUCCACUCAGACAGACCACUGGUGUCCAAAUGACUCAUGUUGCAUUGGACAUAUUAUGACGCUUACUAGACUAGGGACACCAGAUUUUGAUGUCUCGGCUGGUGGCAUUGAAGCUGAUGCCCUGCGACCCGAUCGGACACCAAGUGAGAAAGAUUUAACCUCACUCCUGGUGUCUCGCUUGAUGGUGUCCCAGCCUGGUAUCAUAAUGUGAUUCGAGCUUCAUAGUUUUCUUUUAUUCCAUUUCAAAUUAACUUUCCUCCGUUGUGAGUGAGCUCCAAUUGAAAUAAAAAGUGCAGGUUUCUUUUUUCUAUAGUAGGCAUACACUCAAAUACGUACAGAUAUACGCGCCGCGAACAUGACCAAUUCACUUUUAAUCAGCUGACUACAUAUGUAUUUCUACAGAAACGGUAUAAGAUAUAGAUAUAAAAAGCUUGGCAUCAGCUGAUUAAAAGUGAAUUGCUCAUGUUCGCGGCGCGUAAAUCUGUACACACCUUUACGUAAGUUACAUAACCUUUAGACUGUGUAUUCCAAAUUAAGACUUAAAUCAGAUUUGGGCAAAUGCCUAUUGUUUUUACCUUAAUUGUAUUUGCAUAUGAAUAAAUAAAUAAAUCAUCAUAAAUGGUACUUGUUCACUAUCCAUUCAAUAAAUAUGAUUUGAAAUCAACAUUUACUUCUUAUUUGAAUUUGUUUUUGUUUUAUAAAAAUAUUGCUGAUAAUGUAACAUCAUAAUAAUAUUAAAAGUAUCUAUGGGUUAUUUAUACUUGAGUAUCGAACUAUGAAUAGGUCUUUUUUAAGACCUAUUGUUUUGACCUCAUUCUAUGUACUGUAAAAAACUAUAAUGAGUGAUUGUAUGCAUCAACACAUCUGUCAAGUAAAACAGUAUUGAAGAUCAAUUUAGUCAUUUUAUUAUUUGAACCGAAUUAAAACUUUACAAAAUUUUGUCUUCAUCUUCAAUAAAUUAAAAUCAACAGUUCAAAAAAGAAAUAAAAACUUUUCACAAAU